AUGAUUACAGAAACAGAAUUAAAAUCAAUUCCUUAUUCAGAUGAACAAAUCAAUGAAUAUUAUGAAGUAUUUUCUUUCUUUGAUCGUCAUAAUACAGGUAGAAUUAAUUUAAAUGAAUUAGGUCUAAUUGUUCGAUCAAUUGGUUUUAAUCCAAGUGAAAUAUUAAUAAAACAAUUUCAACAUGAAUAUCAACAAAAUGAUAUAGAUAAAAUAAAUUUUCAACAAUUUUUACAAAUACUAAUUUAUUUAACAAAUGAAAUUGAGGAUGAAAUUGAUAUUAUUGAAGCAUUUCGUGUUUUUGAUAAAGAAGGUCAAGGUUUUAUAACUAAAGAAGAACUUAUGCAUAUAAUGACACAUCUUGGUGAGAAAUUAUCAAUGGAAGAAGCAGAAGAAAUGAUGCAUGAUGCUGAUAUUUAUUGUGAUGGAAAAAUUCGUUAUGAAGAAUUCGUUAAAAUAAUGACGCAAUUAAAUUAA